AUGUCGUCGUCCCAAGCCCCUCAUUCCACCUUGUUGAUUCCAGGGCCCAUCGAGUUUGACGAUGCUGUGCUUCAGUCUAUGGCCCAUUAUGCUGAGAGCCAUGUCAGCCCUGCCUUCGUCAAGGUCUUCGGAGAGACCCUGACGCUGCUGCGCAGACUCUUCCAGUCCACCAACCCCGCCGCUCAGCCCUUCGUCAUCUCCGGCAGUGGUACACUUGGCUGGGAUGUUGUGGCUUCGAACCUGAUUGAGAAGGGAGAAAACGCCCUUGUUCUUCACACCGGAUACUUCGCCGAUUCCUUCGCCACAUGCUUAGAGACCUACGGUGCGAACGCUACACAGCUCAAGGCCCCGAUCGGAGACCGCCCCUCCCUCGAGCAGAUCGAGCAAGCCCUUAAGGAGAAGCCCUACAAGAUCAUCACCAUCACCCACGUCGACACAUCGACCGGUGUGCUGAGCGACAUCAAGCAUGUCACCGAGGUUGUCCGCCGCGUGAGCCCCGAGACCCUGGUGGUCGUUGAUGGUGUGUGCAGCGUGGGCUGCGAGGAGAUCGCCUUCGACGAAUGGGAUCUGGACGUGGUCCUCACCGCGAGCCAGAAGGCCAUCGGCUGCCCUCCCGGCCUGAGCAUCCUGAUGAUGUCCGGCCGCGCCAUCGACCGCUUCAAGUCGCGCCAGACCCCUCCCUCCUCGUACUUCGCCUCGCUCGCCAACUGGAUGCCCAUCAUGCAGAACUACGAGAACAACAAGCCCUCCUACUUCGCCACGCCCCCUACCCAGCUGAUCCACGCCCUCCACACCACUCUGGCCCAGAUCACCGCACGCCCCAUGGCCGAGCGCUUCGCCAUCCACACCCAGACCUCGGACCGCGUCAAGGCCGCCGUGGCCGAGCUCGGCCUGAGCCAGCUGGCCGCCCAACCCGAGGCCCAAGCCCACGCCAUGACCGCCAUCUACCUGCCCGAGGGCCUGACUCCCCCCGACGUGCUGCCUGGUCUGUUGAAGCGCGGUGUCAUCUUCGCAGCUGGUCUCCACAAGGAGGUUGCCACACGGUAUAUCCGGUUCGGCCACAUGGGCGUCAGCGUGACGGACCCCGCGCGCAACGAUAUCGAUAAGGCCAUCGCCGCGCUCAAGGAAGCCCUCACUGAGGCCAAGCAGGCCAAGGGACUGUAA